AUGACUAUCGGCGCCAGAGAAGAAAUAUCAGCGGCGGAGGUCCCGCUGCUCAACGACGUCGUCCCGAGGUCCGUGGACUUCAGGGGGCGGCCCUCCGUCCGAUCGAAGUCCGGCUGCUGGAAAUCCGCCUCUUUCAUCAUAGGAGCUGGAGUGGCGGAGAGGCUCUCGUACUACGGAAUAAGCGUGAAUCUGGUGAACUACCUGACCGGAAAGCUGGGGCAGCCGACGGCCACGGCGGCGUCUGUACUGAACGCGUGGUAUGGAACGGCGUCGCUUUUGCCGAUUUUGGGCGCGUUUUUAGCAGACUCGUUCUCCGGGAGGUUUCGUAUGAUCAUCGCGUCCUGCGUGCUUUACGUCUCGGGACUCAGCUUCCUUUCCCUGUCGGCCGCACUACGUUCGGCCGACGCCUCUAAAUGCAAGCCCGCCGCAAAUUACACUGCCAGCUGUACACCUGACCAUCUCCAGCUCACAUUCUUCUUCUUCGCUCUCUACCUAGUCGCCAUAGCACAAGGCGGGCUCACGCCGUGCGUGCAGGCCUUCGGGGCCGACCAAUUUGACGAGGAUGACGAGGAUGAAUCCGAAUCCAAAAGCUCGUUCUUCAACUGGUGGUAUUGUUUCUCGUCGGGGGUUAUAGUCGUGCCCCUAUUUGGCCUCACAUACAUUCAGGACAACGUGAGUUGGGAGCUCGGGUUCGGUAUCCCGGCCGUUGUCAUGUGCCUUACCUUGGUUGUGUUCUUGGUCGGGUGCCCGACCUAUCGGUUUCGGGUCAACCCGGGCGGGAUGAACCCGUUCGUGAGGAUCACUCUGGUUUUCGUGAAGGCUGUCAGAAAUUGGCGCGCUCACCCCGGGCCCGAGUUGUGCGAAGAGGAAGGAGUUCUUCCACGUACCGGUUCUCAAUUCAGGUUUCUCGACAAAGCAUUGCUGACGCGAGACGGCUGGGCAGAGGAUGACAAGGUAUGCUCGGUUGGUGACGUUGAGGACGCGCGGUCGAUCCUCCGACUGAUCCCGAUAUGGUUUGCGUGCCUCGGGUACUCGAUCGUGUACGCCCAACCGGCGACCCUCUUUACGAAGCAGAUCGCGACGAUCGACCGGCGAGUCACCCCGUCGUUCGAGAUGCCGGCCGCCUCAAUCCAGCUCUGCUUCAUCACCGCGGUGGUGAUGGUCUGCCUCCCACUCUACGACCGGGCCCUCGUCCCCCUAGCCCGUAAAAUUACCAAAACACCCUCCGGCAUCCCGACCCUCGGCCGCAUCUCGUUCGGCCUCCUCCUCUCCCUCUCCUCCAUCGUGAUUGCGGCCCUCGUCGAGCGGCGCCGCCUCUCAACCGCCAGCCAGGCGGGCCUCCCUGCAGGGGCCGUGGUACCGAUGAGUGUGUGGUGGUUCGCGCCCCAAUACGUUUUGUCUGGGAUAGCCGACGUUUUCGCGAUGGUCGGCCUGCAGGAGUUCUUCUACGGGGAAGUGCCGGCCGAGCUCAAGAGCGUGGGGCUCUCCAUGUACCUGAGCAUACUCGGGAUCGGGAGCCUGCUUAGCAGCUUCCUCAUCUCGUCGAUACAGGUGGCGACAAGCCGUGGGGGCCGGCCCGGAUGGUUCGCGGACGAUCUGAACCGGGCCCACCUCGACUACUUCUACUGGCUGCUGGCGGGGAUGAGCGCGCUUGGGUUCGUCGCCUUCACAUGCUUCACCAAGUCGUAUAUGUAUAAAAGAACCAAGGUUCAUUCAUAA